AUGUCCUUAGGGGAUAUGAUCGACCUUUUGGAAACGGAGGGGAUAAGAGAAAGUGCAUAUGCCUGGGUGGACGCAGGAGCGCACAGCAGUCUCGCGGCCGCACGGGCACCAGAUCUCGGCCAAGCCAUAACACGGAGGCCAAUCUCCCACGAAACACCGGGAAAACGCGACGACCCCGAGAACCAGUACCGCAGUCGUGCUGAACUUCUCAGGGUUCGAGAUGGUUUUAAACCCCCGUUCAAUGGGACUGGCUGGGUUAUGCUCGGCGUGGCCGCCUCAUUUCUUCAGACCCGGAAGAACUGGUUCUUUGGCUGGCUUGCGGAUGGGGAGGAUCCGUUCUUCCAUCUAACUGAGCCGACCACCACUACCCGGGAAGGAGGGUCUCGCUGCCUCGCCAUCCAUCUUAAAUCCAGCGUGAGAUACGGCGCCUGGGGCGGGUCUGAGUUCGUGCAAUGCGUGAAGGUCUUUCUUAAUAAUACUUUCAGACAGGAUUACGACUCGGUCAUCCGGGGCAUUCUCGCCGCGGUGUUGAAGCCGCAUGGCGCGUACUGGUCUCGCAUGAAUGCUUACCUGGUGCGGAUUCUGCUUCCGGAAAUAGCUGAGAUGCUGCCGAUGGAUACCUCGUAA